AUGGCCGUUAUUGACACCAAAGUGUCUGACGAGUCGCUUGUGGCCGUGACGCUGGCUUUUGUGAAGGCGCAUUUCCUGCUGGUCGCCUUCUCCGCAGUCAUCGUGCGAGCCCUGUACAGGCGAUAUGUGUCGCCCAUCAGAGAUAUCCCUGGACCAUGGCUUGCCUCGUGUUCUCGGUUGUGGAAAGUCUGGAGUACUUACAAUGGUCACACCGAGCUCGACCACAUCGCAUUGCACAAGAAAUACGGACCUAUCGUGCGGACCGCGCCGUCAGAAGUCUCGUUUGGAUCUCCCAACGCCGCCAAAGACAUCUUCGCCGUGGGCAAGGGCUUCCACAAGACCAAGUUCUACAGCGUCUUCCCUCCAAAGCACGCACCCGAUAUCUUCACCGAAGUACGCGAGUCGAAACAUGCCCAGAUGAAACGGUACGCCGUGACCCCAUACAGCCUUGCGCAGAUGCAGAAGCGGUCCGAACCGAUCGAGGGCAUGAUCAAACUUUUAAUGGAGCACCUGGAGAAAUAUGCGGCCACGGACUCGAAGAGGCUAUGCAACCUGGGCAACCUGUUGCACUAUUUUGCCUUUGAUGUCCUCGGUGAGGUGGCAUUCUCAAGACGAUUCGGGUUUCUGGAAGCAGAAGAGGACGUCGAGGGCUCUAUCAAGAACAUCGACGACGUGCAAUGGUACGACGGCAUCGUGGGCCAUAUCCCCGAAUUCGACGUCUUCCUUCGAAACAACCCCUUGCGGCCGUACCUACCGUUCUGGAAGCCCCAGCCGACCACCAUGACAAAGAUAGCAAUCCAGGAACUCGAGAAGCGAAAGCAGCCCGACGGAACUUAUGACUCUUCGGGGAUCGACCUGUUGGCCGAGUUGCUCCGGGCUCACGAAGCAAACCCGGAAAAGUUCGGUGUGAACGACGUCUUCAGUAUCGCGCAUGGUGCUGUAUUUGCCGGCUCAGACUCAACAGCCUCGACGAUGCAGUCCUUCUUCUACCUGCUCCUCAAUUCGCCACAUGCCUAUGCCAUCCUGCAGAGGGAGAUCGACGAAGCGCAAAAGGCCGGUCAGCUCUCGCCGAUUGUCACCUACGCCGAGGCGCAGAAACUCGAAUACUUCCAGGCCUGUCUCAAGGAAGCCAUGCGCUUGCGCCCCGCGGUCGGACUGGGCAUCUACCGCAGAGUGCCGCCUGAAGGGGCCGAGAUCGAUGGACGUUUCUACCCCGGUGGUGUCGAGGUGGCCGUGAACGGCUGGGUCUUGCACCGGAAUAGAGCGGUGUUUGGAGACGACAUCGACACCUACCGCCCAGAGAGAUGGUUUGAACGCGACGCCAAGCUGAUGGCCUCGCACAUGUAUCAGUUUGGAGGCGGUAGUCAUCUUUGCAUCGGUCGCAACCUGGCCCUGUUCGAGAUGAACAAGGUUUUGAUCCAGAUCCUGAGAGAAUACGACAUCACCCUUGCGCACCCGGGACGGCCAUUGCAAUAUCAUUCGACUUUUUUCGUUGUCCAAGAAGGUCUCGAGGUUUAUCUGCGGAAACGAGUUGCAUAA